AUGAUCCCUGCACCAAUCCACACUCCCGAGGACGCCUCGCCACCACCUUACCCGGGGCUGUCUGGACCAUCCUCACGCGGGGGUAGCGUCUCUCGAGCGCCCUCGUAUCGCUCGCAGACUUCCAUCUCGCUGUCGCGCUCCCCAACCCCACCACGCCACCACUCGGCACCCAUUCCCGUCCCGGGCUCCAGCGCAAGUGUACACGCGCGCAGAGUAUCCACGGCACCUGACGCGGAGGCCAACGAGGCGCUCGCAUGGGCCAAGACCAUUCGAUGGGCAUUCGGGCCAAACUCCCCGCCACGGUACGGCCAGCCAGGCGGCCACAUGUCCACCCCCGGCGCCGGGUCGCCACCAACCUUUCCACUGUCACCGCGCAGCUCUCGCCACAGCCACGACGGGCAUGAGGGCUCGUACACCCGCGAACGCGAACGCAGCCGCUGGUCUGGGGACCUGAGCGGUAUCCUCUCCCGCCAUGCAAGCCGCGCAAGCCAGAACAGCCAGACAAGCCAGACAAGCAAUCUGUCGACUCUGUCCGAGAACACGCCACGCACUGUCACAGUUACCCCCAGGACACACACCAAGACGCACUGCAAUUGCGGUACCCAGACAUGCACCGGCACCGCGCGGACGGGCUCCCCCUCCAGGCCGCUGUGUGCUUGUGGCGAGACGCGGUGUCCCGGCGGCGUAUUGGCGUCCGGCAGGCCGCUGUAA